AUGGACGAUCCAGGCGGAAAUCCAAAACGAACUAAGAAAACAGCGGCCUUGGACGACCUGGAAAAAGAAAUCGAUUUUGAACUGGACAUGCAGGACGAAAAGUGUAGCCACGCACUGAGAAUGGGCGACUUGUGCGCCAAUUGCGGGACGUGUCUUGAGAGAGACGUCAAUUUGGUGACUGUCACACACGGAUCGGAUCAACUUCUUCAAAGAUACGAAGACGCAUUCAGAAGCCACCUAAAACACUUCUACAAACUGGCUGAACACCGUAAGCUCAUUCUUCUCUGUGAUUUGGAUCAGACGGUCAUUCACGCUACGCUUGAGAAGGCAAACUGUGAUUUCUCGUUUGAAUUGGAUGGUGUCCGCUUCGCUGUCAAAAACAGGCGGUGGCUUGACCAGUUUCUGAGGAAGACAAACCGCCUCUUUGAGAUGCACGUCUACACGUUGGGAACCAGAGGAUACGCCGAUGCUGUUUGUAAGGCAAUAGAUCCAGAUAAGACGUAUUUUGGUGAUAGAAUUGUGACUAGGACUGAAAACAAUAAUGAGUUGAAGAAAUACAUUAAGAGGAUAACAAGUUUCGAUCAAAAUGUGCUGGUCUUAGAUGAUAGGAUCGAUGUGUGGGGGUUUAUACCAAAUUGCAUAUUCAUACGGCCAUUCUGCUACUACAGCAUGGAGGAUGUGAAUGAUCCAGUCAGGUUGGCCAAGAUGCGACUGGCUGCGAAGAAGGAGAACUUUCUGGAUGCAGCAAUUCAGAGACUGCUGGACGAAGAAGCACAGUCCAACCAGGAUAGGGCAGCAGAUGAGUACAGAAGUAUGGUUAAGGAAGACGUGAAUGUGGAAAUUGAGGAAGAAAGUGAGGGUGAGGAAGACAUAUUUGACAUAAGCAACAAGCCAAACAAGGAGGAUAUGGAAUUGAAAAAAGUCUAUUUAAUUCUGAAGAAGUUACAUAAAGGAUACUUCAGGAAAUUGGAUAGAAUUAGGAAGAAUGAGAGAGUAGAGGAUAUUCCAGUGGAACAGCUGAUAAAUGUGGGUGAUGUGGCACAGAUUAGGGCAUUGAAGAGGUAUAGCGUAGUGUGUAGAUCAAAAUAUCGCAAUUAUGUGCUGUAUUUGGGUGGAAGAAUAAUAAAAAUAGCAGAUUUGGAACACGAAGACAAGAGCAGGAUUCUGGUGAUCAAUGACAGGGCGGUAGCCAGUAAAUACGGCAUACGGAAUAUGUCAGAGGAUCUUUUGACGGCGUGUUUGUACAACAGGUGUUUUGUGACUAGAGACACCUAA